CUUCCUCCCAGCAACAGAAGCCACUGAGAGAGAACGAGAGAGACGCUCUGAAAGUCUCGCAGAGAAGCCGAGAUCGAGUGUUUGGGCUGUAGAGAGAAAAGCAAGCGAGAGAAAUGAAGGGACUAACUUUGCUCCUUCUUGCUGGCUUGUUGUUCAUUCAAAGAUCGACUGCUGCUGAACCGUCGAUUACUGUGCAAAAAAAUUCUGACUCGGCUGAUUUAAAAUGCACUGGUGGCACAUGGGAGGAAGGACAUGACAAUAAAACCAAUAUUAAUGUUUCAUACAAUGAAGACAAAGCUGAAAUAAAAAACUGCCACACGACUGAUAAGUCACUGAAGAUUUUAGUCAGAGUCAGACCCUGUGAAAACUGCAUUGAAUUGAAUGUCUUGGCCAUCGCCGCCAUCGCUGUGGGCAACGCCCUGGCAACCAUCCUCAUUGGAGUGGCCGUGUACUCCCUGUCUGCCCAGCCCAAAGGCAAGAGUUUCUCCGGCAACAAAGCUUCAGAUAAAGAGCAUCUAAUACGGAAUGGAGAUGGAGACACUUAUCAGCCGUUGGCUCCGGGUCAAAGGUCUGAGUACCAGACUCUGGGAGGAGCCAAGAAGAAAUGAACUUCACCACCACCUUGAUUUUCGUCAUCAUCAUCAUAAUCAUCAUGAUCCUCAUAAUCGUCAUCAUCACCAAUUUCAAUGAUAAUGUCUUUGAAUUUUAUUCCAAGUCUGCUGGUCAUGGUAACAUGAGUAUGUCUCAUUAAUAGUGAUGCUAUUCAUAUGAUUUCUUCCUUUCUUGAUUUCUGUUUAUAUACAUACCUCUAUUUCUUAAUUUCUAUCUUAUCUGGAAAAUAAUAUGUUAAUAUUUGUUAAUAAUUUGCCUUUCUUGUUGCCUAAUGAAAUAGUUUCUCUGAGGCAUUUUCAAGAUUUCAUGAAUUCAGGUGUACUUCACAAGUGUGUAGUAAGUUCAGUUACUUUUAGUGUGUUUGGUCAAUCAAUGGUUAAUAUAUUUUUUUUGCAAAUUUGUUAAGACACAACAUAAACUGCCUUAAUAAAUUCUAGUAAUCAUGUAAUGAGUCCAACUGGUGCUUUAAAGAGAUAAAUGGCUUGUUGGCUUAUUUUGGAAUAAAUGCUUAAAAAAAG